GUGAGGAAAUAGGGGCGUGGGCACGACGGACAGCGGAGAGCCGUGCUGCGGGAGGAGCGAGCAGCGUGUUUCCGGGAGUCACCUAUCUAGCGGCGCGGAACACACGCGGCAAUGGAAGCCGAGUUUCGGGAAAUCGAUGAGCUCGGGAACUGGAACGCCGUUUACCAGGAGAUUAGGCAGCAGUCCAGCGACCUACCAUGCAAGAUCGCCAAACUUCCAGAAAACAGAAGUCGUAAUCGCUACAGAGACGUCAGUCCAUUUGACCACAGCCGUAUUCGUCUACAGAUCGGCAGCAAUGACUACAUCAAUGCCAGUCUGAUCUCGGUGGAUGAAGCUCAGAGAAACUACAUACUAACUCAGGGUCCGUUACCAAACACCUGCGGUCAUUUCUGGGAGAUGGUGUGGGAGCAGCGCUGCCGAGGGGUCGUGAUGCUCAAUCGUGUUAUAGAGAAAGGCUCGGUAAAGUGUGCUCAAUAUUGGCCUCAGCGAGAGGAGAGGGAAGCUGUUUUUGAAGACACAAAUUUCAGACUUACUCUUAUCUCAGAGGAUGUGAAAUCGUACUAUACAGUACGACAGCUGGAGCUGGAAAAUCUGUCGACACAGGAAACACGGGAGAUUCUUCAUUUCCACUACACCACAUGGCCAGAUUUUGGCGUGCCAGAGUCACCUGCAUCUUUUCUCAACUUCCUGUUAAAAGUGCGUGAGUCGGGCUGUCUGAAUCCAGAGCACGGUCCUGUUGUGGUCCACUGCAGCGCUGGUAUUGGCCGCUCUGGAACGUUCUGCCUUGUAGACACCUGCCUUCUACUGAUGUCUCAGAGGAAAGAUCCAACAUCAGUACGCAUCCAGGAGGUUUUGCUGGAAAUGCGACGAUACCGCAUGGGUCUGAUCCAGACAGCUGACCAGCUGCGUUUCUCUUACCUCGCCGUCAUAGAGGGUGCCAAGUACAUCAUGGGAGACACAUCUGUACAGGAGUCAUGGAAGGAGUUAUCAAAUGAGGAGGAUCUCCCUCCUGAAUUCACUCCCCCUCCCAGACCACGGCCCCGAAUAGACCCUCCUAAUGGCAAAGGCGAUCUAGUGAACUCUGACGCCACGCACUUCUUCAACGAGAUGAUAAAAAACAGCAGCGCAGAAAUCUGUGCAAACAGCGCGCCCCAGACUUUCUCAGACGGCCCAGACCUUCGCAAACGGGCAGUCGCAGCUAGUGAGGUCGGAGCGACGGCAUUGCUAACCGAACCCGACGAACCGAUUGUCGCAAGAGAAGCCCCUCCCAAACCUGCACGCUCUCCGCCCAAGACUCCCACGGAAGAGGCGACACCUGUUCCUCCCAGUGGAACCUGGAGACCCCUGCUGACCAGUGUGUGUAUGUGCACGGUACUGGCUGUAGGUGCUUAUGCCUGUUACCGCACCUAUUUCCACUGAUGCCCUCUUUCCCCCCCCAUCCGUCUCUUUCUCUAUCCCUCCAUGUGCUGGGAAAAGAAAAAGAGAGACACACAUAGACACACUUUCUCAGCUGGACUGUCUCUCUCUAUCUCUCUCUCAGCUGGGCCCGUCUCGCUCUUUCCGAACGCCUUUGGGAAAAGAGUUUCCGAGACUUUUCUUAGCCAAACUGCUGUCGUCUCCCUCUAUACACACACUCUUACACACAAUCUAAUAAACGUGUGUCCGUUUAAAACCUCAGGGCCUCACAAUUCAGGUGUUGCUACCCAAAACACAGGUUAAAGAAAAUCCAAAAGACUCUGUUAUUGCUGCAGUAAGUAAGGGAACUUUUCGUGCGUAUGUGUGUGUGUAUGUGUAUCAUUUUGUUGCAUUUUUAAGUCGCAGGAGGCGAGCUCCUCUUAUACAUGCUGAAAACGCAAAUCUGCUGUACAUCAUAGAAAACCUGUUCGUUUUGUGUGUCUGUGAGAAAAGGGAGUAGUCUGGGAUGUCGUGAUACCAUCAAGUGCUCUACUGUCACAGCAGAAUACAUCCCAAAAGUUUUAUCUUUUCAUUCUUCUUUCACCCUCCGCUUUUGUUUAUACCCCAAAGGGUGGCACUUCAUCUGCGUUUUCUUUGUCAAAUCCGUCGCCUUUUAACCAAAAGGUUCAGAACAUUUAAAAUGCUGGAGCUGGUGUCUUUUCACGAAUCAGCUGCUUCUCGCAGAACUCGCAUUUCACUUACUAAAAUCACGCAAAUCAGGCAGGUGUUCUUACUAGAGCUCAUGUUCUGCAUUUGAUGAAUUUUUACGUCCAGAUUUGUAUGCAUUUCACUUAAUGCCAGCUCAAAACAAACUGGCUGAUUUAUUGUUACAACAAAAACAUUGCAAAGCCAGCAGGUGGCAGUAUUGAGAUUUGUAUUUACCCUUUAAAGGAUGGUAACUGGAAAGACAGGAUUUGAAUUUAAUUUUUACCUUUUUCCUGCUGCAAUACAGAUGCGUUCAUGCUUGUGGCCCUUGUCACAAAUGGUGUGCAUUGAGCGCAGGAGGUCAGACUAACCAAAAAAUGUAAAAAACAAAACACCAGCACUGAAUGAAUGCAAAGAGAGAAACAACCAGUGACAGUGAGCUGUCUUUGUGUUUUACUGUUUUAUUAUAUUGUCGUCAUAGUAAUUAUUAUCGAGAGAGAUUAACGGCAGACGGGCGUAAACAUUUCCUUCGAAUCAAACCACACUGCAGAACUGUUACUUUUGAACAACGUGUGAACAAGUCUUAUGCAGUAACCUCAAAACAAAUGGUGCGUUGAGGCCUGAAACUCUUUUAAUCGUGACUUUGCUUUGUGUGGUGACUCUUUGACUGCUGCUUGACCAGUCCAGAAUGGUAAUUUUCAGUGGUUGAAUGUGACAUUGAAGCUGUUGAUGUUUGGUUUGAAGGUUCUGUUGCCACCAUUCAUCGAAGUGACUCUCACAAUCCGGUCCUAUUGCUUGGACCACAGAAUGUAAAGUCUCUCUUCUUGCCGGCUUUAUUUACACACACACACACACACGCAUAUAUAGAGAAAUUUAUUUGUCUGUGUCAUUGUUUGUCGUCUUUCAGUUAUCUUUGGACUGGUAGACAUCAGACUUCCUUGGCCUUUAUAUAUGAGGCUUGAGAAUUUCUUUUCCCUUCUCCCAGCAUCCUGUUGUGUCCUUUUUAAUGUUGAUUAUCUGUUAUUUUUUUUGUAAGGAAAAACAUAUGCUUUGUUCCAGUUGGAUGUAUGACAUUUGAAAUUUUAUUUUUUGGACAGAUUACAGAGCCGACGCUGUGGUAAUAAACAUAUAAAUCUCUGAA